AUGGUGUCGGAGCAACAAGUGCGGGCAUCCCACAUCCUGAUAAAGUACGAAGGCUCGCGGCGCAAGGCCUCGUGGAAGAACCCCGAUGGCCGGAUCAUUAGCGCCACCACUCGGGAUGUCGCCGUCCCGAAGCUCUGCCCCCUCCACGAUGACAUCGUCUCCGGAAGGACCCACUUUGAAGAGGUUGCUUCCCGUUACUCCCACUGCAGCUCUGCCAAGCAUGGUGGCGAUCUAGGGCGAUUUGGACAAGGGCAGAUGCAGAAGCCUUUCGAGGACACCACCAUUUCUCUGAAAGUUAGAGAGAUGAGUGACAUUGUGGACACUGACAGCGGUGUUCAUAUCAUCCUGAGGACUGGUUGAUGCUCAUGCAUUUGGCCUUCAA